ACGAGGAAAACCAAAACAAGCUCGGAGCCGCCCUUCUUCUCAAGUUGGAAACGGACAUAUCUCUCUGCUACCUUUGUGUUUUGUCUUUUGGUGGAGAUUAGAUUCUUUUUUUUUUUUUUUUUUUGUCUUUUUCUUUUUUCUUUUUUAAACUUACCAGAAAGGUUCUGAGAUAAGAGAAGAAAAAAGAGAGGAGAAAUUCUUGCUCUAUAAACUUGUUUCUCUGUGAAGAGAGAGAGAGAGAGGUGUAGAGAUGGAGAUGAUGUAUUACCAGCUUGCAGGCUCGUCUUACCAGGACUCACUGGAAGUCUUGGAGGCUGAUAUACAGCAUGCUAAUGCUCUGGCUGCUGCAAUCCCAAGAGCCAAGGGUGGUGCGCGUCUUCAAAUGAAAUUGGUGUACAAUCACUUGGCACCCCUCUUUCUGUUUUUGCUACAAUGGAUGGAUUGUUCUUGCACAUGUCUGCUCCCCAGAUAUCUAAGCUUCUUCCACAUACUAGUAUACAAGGUAUAUACAGAUGGCAGACCAAAUAUAUCCACGCACGGGAGGAAGGCAACAAUUAAGGACUUUUAUGCUGUUAUAUUACCAUCUCUUCAACGACUCCAUGGCAGCUUGGAAGAGUCAAAAGCUGCUAAAGAAUGGAAUCAAGGCAUGGAAAGUUCUGGCAGGAAUAGGCUGGAAGGAGAUAGAAGACUUGUCAAUGUCGAUUUGGAGAGAGAAGAUGAAUGUGGGAUUUGCUUGGAGCCUUGCACCAAAAUGGUCUUGCCUAAUUGCUGUCAUGCAAUGUGCAUCAAAUGCUAUCGCAAUUGGAACACAAAGUCGGAGUCCUGCCCUUUUUGUCGUGGUAGCUUAAAGAGAGUCAAUUCAGAAGACUUAUGGGUGCUUACUUGCAAUGAUGAUGUUGUUGAUGCUGAAACGGUUUCCAAGGAGGACCUAUUGCAUUUCUACCUCUAUGUCAACAGCCUCCCAAAAGAUUACCCCGAUACCCUUUUCUUAGUGUAUUAUGAAUACUUGAUUUGAAUUGAAGUAAAUAAGAAGAAUUGUGUACAGACUACAGAUAGAAAAAAGCCGACCUUCAAUUGUGAAAAGGGUCUGGUAAGGAAAUUCUCUGGGAUUUUUACACAGAAUGACAGGUUCUGAAUUGUGCUUAUUUUAUAACUACGAGUAUCAGUCUAAGAUAGUUUUCUGAUCAA